AUGUCCACCACGGCCAGUCUUCAAACCAGUAUACCCAGCUCUGGCAUCACCAUACUCAAUAGUGAUUACGACGCGUUCGACGCUCUUUUGCAUAAUAUCUAUGAAAAUACACUUCCGAAUAAUUGGUUUCUCCCUCCAUCUGAAUCUCAGUUGACUGGUGUCUGUCUUAGAGCAAAUUCUUCAUCCGCCUCGCACGAUUCCUUUGGCGGUACUCCCACAAGCAGCUUCCGUGUUUUUCCCUACGAGAACCCUGCUCUCAUACCCUUCGAAGAAAAUGUGCGCAGAUUGAAUCCGGCCGUGGCCGUGAAAAUCAAGAGUCCAAGCGUUCACGUCGUGAUAUCAUAUACGCAUCCUAACGACACUUCGAUCCAAAUUGAUCACAGUACCCGUAUCCAAAUUCUCGAAAGUAUGGACAUGCUCCCUACAGCCGAGAAGGAUCAAUGUGGAGCAUUCAUUCGUAGCGAUGACUGUGUAAUCCUCUGGGCCUAUGCUGUAGACUCCAUUAUCCCUUUGUGCCACGAAUUCGAAGAGAAGCUCAUCAAAUAUGUCUGGAGAACAAGGGGCGCACCGAAAAGGGAGACUAAUACUCCUUCUCCUCUCGAUCCAUACCAGUCCAUGUCAUCUUCAGUUAAUCUUCGACCAAUUACAUCAUCCGUAGUGGAAGCGUCCGAGAAGGAAACGUCCACUCAACCGCCGCCGCCGCGGAAGAAGAGUCAUUGGUGGUCCUGGAAGCUCUCAUCGUCCCCUCCUGCUAAUGAAAGCGGUGACAUCGAGAAAGCGGGUGGCAGACGCCGCCAGCGCCAACGAAAGAACGUUCUUCUUGGUCCAUUUUACGCAGGUUGCGGCGCUGCCAUGGCUCUGUACUUCGUGGGUGCUGGUAUCUCCAUUCUCUUGGAAGAAUAUGCUCUAGAUGGUGUCACCACUCGGUUCGCUCUUGUUGUCACAUUGCCUGUCAUCUUCUGUGUAUCUUUGUUCUUCUGCCUUCAGCUUAUCGGAAACAUCAGUCUUAUAAUCGGUCCCGUAGCCCAAUAUCACGAAAACUCCGCCUUCUACUCUGCUGUUCGUCCUGAGCCUAAUCCAGAGAUUGAUAACAAUCUGCCACAUAUUACGAUUCAAUUACCGGUUUAUAAAGAAAGCUUGGAAUUGACGAUCGCCCCUUCGGUAUUCUCCAUAAAGAAGGCGAUGCAAACGUACGCGAGACAGGGUGGCACCUCCGCGAUCUUCAUCUGCGACGACGGUCUCCAGCUCAUUCCUGAAAAGGACCGUCAAGAACGAAUCGACUUCUAUGCGAACCACAAUAUCGGAUGGGUUGCGAGACCUCCUCACAGCUCCAAAGAAGGCGGGUUCAAGAGGGCUGGAAAGUUUAAGAAAGCAAGCAACAUGAAUUACGGCCUUGCGCUUUCGAUCAAGUUGGAAAAGCACCUAGCCGAUCUUAUCGCUCAAGGAGAGGACCAGUAUGACCAGUCGUGGAUGCCACUUGAAGACCGGGCGAUGCAUAUGGCUAUCGAGGAGAUGUACGAGGAGAGUGGCAGGAAGUGGAAACCUUGGGCAAGCAAUGGGCAGAGUUUAAGGGUCGGCGAGAUUAUUUUGAUUAUCGACGCGGAUACUAUCGUCCCAGAAGAUUGCUUUAGAGAUGCGGCUCGUGAAAUGGGGGAGAGUGAAGACGUUGCCAUCAUCCAGCACGAAUCAGAUGUUAUGCAAGUGGCGCAUCACUAUUUCGAAAACGGGAUCACGCACUUCACGAGACGGAUCAACAAGUGCAUCUCUUACGGGUGCGCUAAUGGCGAGGUGGCCCCGUUCGUGGGACAUAACGCAUUCUUGCGGUGGUCGGCGGUUCAAGAUGCUUCGUUUGUUGACGAAGCAGAUGGGAAGCGCAAGCAAUGGUCGGAAGCAAAUGUGUCGGAGGACUUCGAUCUGGCGUUAAGGCUAUUGCUUCGGGGGUAUACACUGCGUUGGGCCACGUAUUCUAAUGGAGGGUUCAAAGAAGGUGUUAGUUUGACAGUCGUGGACGAGUUGGCUCGUUGGCAGAAAUAUGCAUAUGGAUGCGAUGAGAUUAUAUUCAAUCCUAUAGUGCGAUGGUGGCGGCAAGGUCCUAUCAGCGCUCAGCUGAGAGGGUUCAUGUGCUCUAAGGCCCCGAUACAUUACAAAAUUGGAAUGUCUUCCUACAUGUUUUCAUACUAUGGGAUUGCAGCAGCCACGGUCGGGUCCGUCAUGAACUACCUGCUCCUGGGCCUGGCACCGGAACUGGACAAGUUCUAUUUGCACAGCUUCGAGAUUCUUCUCGCCUGUGUGGUCGUGUUUCCUGCCCUGGGCAACGUGGGUUUCACGCUUUUGGAGUACCGGUUGGGUCACCGCCGGCUGUUCGCUGCCUUGAUCGAGAACUUGCGAUGGAUUCCCUUCUUCUUAUUCUUUUUCGGCGGCUUGAGCAUUCACCUUUCGACCGCUCUCCUCGCACAUAUGUUCUCGUAUGACAUGACAUGGGGCUCUACCGGUAAAGAGGUGGAGAAAUCGACGUUCUGGAUUGAAGUCCCUCGUAUCUUGAAAGGCUUCUGGCUGUCCUUUGUCAUCUGCUUCGCCCUCAUCAUAAUGAUGAUCGUGUUCGCGAGCAAUGCCGUUCCUUACGAAUGGCAGAUCUGGGGCUACCAGUUUGCGCUGAUCAUCCCACUGUCGCUUGUCGUGGGCUGUCAUAUUCUGUUACCGAUUGUAUUAAACCCGUGGUUGAUGAAGUUUUCGUACUAG